AUGAAGUACAAUCCAACGCACAUGCUCGUGCACAGGACAAACAGCGGCAAAAGGUGCUCCAACAACUUCAAAAUGAUUAUGAAAGAAGAACCUAUGGUAAGGCAAGAAACUAUUCACCAGGUCGCGAACAGGCUCACGAAGCACGCCGCAGUCAGCAGCAAAGGUACGUCUCAAAGAUUACGGCUCUGAGGGCCGUGAUGUUCUUUCUAUUAUUCAAAGUCAGCGAUUCGAGCCAGUUCCCCUUUUUCUUGCCGGGAGAAGUCUUGAAACUCGAGCCAGAUCAAUCCGACUCGAUAGUUCGCUCAUGCGGUUCGGAUAAAUGGCACUCAUAAGCUGUGAAAUGAAUCAAACCCCGGUCUCCUCUCAGCUCGAAGCCCUUACGAACCAUUGAGAGCGAUGUUAGCCAUCGGACGGAGAUCGGGUUCCUUGACGACGGCAGUCAAAUCGCUUGUGUCCCUGCCGCGACUUGCCUGCUGCGUCCUUUCGAUGCGGUGCGCAGUGUAGCUAAGAGCAAGCGCCGCGGCUUCCCGCGGACUCGCCCUCUGAGUGGCACGGAUGCCGGGACAACGUGCCGACCGAGGCCGCACAGCCCGGCAAUUGGUAUCAGCACUGCCGCGGUUGAGCCUAAGUUGUUCGAGGGCUGGUCCGGCAAGUGACGCGAUGGUUUCACGCGUCAGCCGGCAUGGCUUGCUGUGCCGCCAGUGCUGUCCAGGAGAGCCUCGUGCCUUUGAAUUCGGUGGAAGUUUGAAUCCUGUCCAAGUUGGGUAGGCAAGUCUGACCCUCCUCGUCGUUCGCUCCCAUCGAAGUUGGCGCCACCCCCUUCGAAGUUGGGUAGGCAGUAGCUGGAAGAAGAAUUAACUGUACAAAAUAGAAAAGAACAUGGACAGGCCAACCUCCCACUUCAAAAAUCAUCUCCACUUUAUGGUAUAAUAUUAAUAUAAAUCUUCACUGGGCUACAGCGGAUUCACCCCAUCUAAUCGCACGGUUUAACGCUCUGUACCCUAAGCUUGUCUUGCAUGCCUCCAAGUCUCCACUACAACAGGCUUUAGGUCCACAUCUCCAUUUACAUGUCCAUUCCACAUGCAGCAAUCCUCCCACUGAUGGUGAUCAUGGUCUAAGAUAAUGGAGAGCUUGUAUUCAUCCUGUGGAAGUUACUAGUGGCCGCCAAACGGAAUGGCCCGCUGCUAAGCUUCCGCCGUGUCUCCCGUCGUUUCUAGACCGACAUCCGAGAAGGUAUUCCGAUGUGCUUGACUCGCUUCGUGCUUUAUCCUUCUUCUCGGAGGUGCUCAAGCAGCUCCGAGGGAACCACCCAUGCCCCCAGUGUUCAACGAGGUAG